AUGGCGACGUCUCCCGACCCUCUGGAGCGCAACACCGGCACCGGCCUGACGGACUCUACACACUCUUCUUCCACGUCCAGCAGCGCGGAGCGAUACGACCUGAAUGAACUCGACGACACGCCCAUAUUACUCUACAAAUACCGCGGCGGCCUACAAACGAGCAGUCAGCGCGAUUUAUGCGCUUGGCUGGAUAAAGACGAAUCCCUCCGCGUAACAACCAAACCCAUCCCGCGCUACACAUCCUACCUCUCCAUCAAGCGCCACGACCUCUACCUCCCCUCCGAACGCACCCUCUACGCCGACCGCCCCAACUUCGACUCCAACCUCGCGUCCAUCAAAGUCCCGAGUUCCGCGUACUGGAGCAGGAUGUUCUGGGGCGGGUAUGAGAAUCUGUACAUUGUGAGUCCCGAGAGUAGUCCGGCGGGGAGUUUGGAUGGGGGGAGUAGGGGGGUGAGUCCGACGAGUAGUUUUGGGAGGGAAAAUACGGACGAUUCUAGGUUAGGAGAGAUGGUUGGUGAAAGAGUCGAGGGGAAGAAGUGA